ACUCCUUUCCAGCUCCUUUGUGCGGCUCUCACAUGUUUGUUUACAAGUAAAUUCAUCCUGUGGGCAAGAAAGUUUCGCGAAAUUUCCCCAAAUUUGAGCUGCCAUGGCCUGCUAAAUGAACUGCGGAAACGUUUGCUUUGCCAAUUUCAAGCUGAAGUUUGGUACUUUUCAGCCGAGGUUCGUGUUUAAUUUCUCAGUGUUUGGAGAUUUCAAUUUUGAUGAGGUGAUCAUUUCAUCAAGAGCAAAGCAUGGAAGACCAAGAAAUUGAUGGAGAACUGGGACCGUUUGCUCCGGAAAUUUACGAAAUCCCGUCAAAACAAUAUGAAUAUUUGGAUCACACUGCAGAUGUUCAGCUUCAUUCGUGGGGCUCGUCUGUGGAGGAAGCUUUCGAGCAAUGUGCUGUGGCCAUGUUUGACUACAUUUCAGAAUUGGAACAUUGUGAUAUUUUAGAAAUGAGGAGGGUGGCGGUCGAGGGCCACGACGUCCUCUCGCUCUUGUACAAUUUCCUCGACGAGUGUCUUUUCAUGUUCAACUGUGAACCGUUUUUCCUAGCCAAGAAAGUGAAAAUUGUGGAGUUUGACCGGUCCAACUGGAAGAUCAGAGCCGAACUGUACGGCGAGGAAUUUGAUCUGGAGAAACACCCUCAGGGAACGGAAGUCAAGGCCAUCACCUACUCCAACAUUCAGGUUCACGAAGAAGGAGAGAAGAAGGAAGUUUUCGUCAUCAUCGACAUCUAACAAACACUUUAUUCGCAACAAAUACAUAUUUAUAUCUCAUCACCACCAGGACUACGUGCAAAAAUCAGCAGAGCUGGUUUUGGUUUUGUGCAAAUUACUACAAAAAUAAUCCCUUCAGCUGCUUUCGAAUGAAUAAAAGCAGAUGCUCGUGAAACCGCUCUGAUUGUGCACUAAUAAUUGGGUAU